AAGGCUUAGGAGACGCGAAAACGUUAUUUAUUUCGGGGUUUGGAGGACGUUCCCGGGACUGGCAGGAUGGUGCCAGAGAUCAGGGCCCAGGUGUCAUAGGGUCUGAGAGCAGUCGCUGGGGAAGAGGGUCAUUCAUUAGGUCAACAAAUACUUAUCGAGUGCCUACUGUAUGCAAAACAUUGCUCUAGGUGCCAGGGAGACAGCAGAGUGCAAGGCAGGCAGGCAGGCCCUUGCCCCAAAGAGCUUGCGUUCUAAUGGAGAGGGGAGGAAGAGAGACCAUAAAGACCCUAAGCAUAAUAAAAAGGCAAGGGUGCUCGGAGGGAAAAAGCCCUAAUUUGCAGGACAUGCUGAUUCCCAUGGUGUAAAUGAUCAUGGCUGAUUGCAAACUACCAACAUAACACCAGUCAUGUAAACUGAACUAAAAUCUUAAAUCCCACCCCCCAAAAAUGGACCCCAUGUUGGCCAAGGGGAACCCCCCAGAAAACCUUAAAGAUGAGAAGGGAGAUCAGACACACCUAGUUAUGCUCUGUUGCUUUUGGCUUUAUUCCUUGUGAGGAGCUACAAAAUCAUUAACAGUCCUAAGGCCAGGCAAGGCAAAAGUUAAACCACACCUACCGGUCAUCAAUUUACUUAACAGAUUGCUUGAGCCUGCAUGUAUGUCCUGUAGCUUGUCUGAUUGACAUACAUCUUAACUUAAAACAUUCCAAGCCUUUAGACAAAGCUUCAUUUCUUUAACCAAUUACAAAUCAAACAAUCCUUAAACCCACCUAUAAUCUAUAAGCCCCCCUGCAUCUAGAUGUCCUGCCUUUUUGGGCCAAGCCAAUGUACACCUUCUGUGUACUGAUUUAUGAUUUUAUGUGAAAUUCCUGUCCCCCUUAAAACCAAACCGUAACAAAACGGUUUGGUUUUGCAUAAAAUCAAACUGUAACCCAGCCACGGUGCGGACACUUGCUCAAGGGUUCUUGGGCAUGGCUUUCCGGACCAUGGUUGCACAUAUUCAGGUCGGAAUAAACCUCUUUAUUUUUUAGAGUUUGGGUUCUCUUCCAUUGACAGCUCACAAAAUUCCCCAAAAUUUCACAGUCAGCUCUCACAAGCUGGUGUGAAUUGGGUCCGGCCCACCACCGUGCAAUAGGUAAGUGGUGAAAAAUGCUGUGGGAAAAGGGAAGAGGGGAGGUGGAUUGGUGGUAUGGGGACAAGGAAGUUGUAGAAUGAAAUCAAUGCUCCAAGGAAAUCAUUAAGAUGGAGAGAUUUGCAGGAGGGGAAGGGAAUUAGCAACAACCACCUGGGAAAGGGUGCACCAGGUAGAAGGCGCUGCAUGAGGCUGGGCUGCCUGGUGCAUAAGGAGGCGGGAGGGGCUGCAGCAGAGGGACCAAUACAGCCAGAGAGGGCAGAAAGGAGCAGGGUAUGUAGGACUUUGUAGGCUACAGCAGAGCCUGCUGGGACCCCUGUCCAGUCCCCCAAACCUUGGAGGACAAGCUCUUCCUUACUCUGAGCCUCAAUGUCCUCGUCUGUAAAAUGGGGACUUGCCAGGCAUGGCUAGGUGCCCAGCAGAGCAUGAGAGCUCAUCCUGUCCUCACUGUCCCUUGGGGAGACAGUGGCUCUUUCUGGGAUGGAGGAAGGAGGGGAGCCUGGUAGGUUCUCUGCGUCCUCAGGGGAAGAACAAAGUUUCCUUGUUGGAGUUCUGGCAGAACAAAGGGGCAGGCAGGCCGCAGAGGCACGUGAGUUUGAGUCAGGGGGCCGGCUGCUGCACAGAAGACAAAGGCAAGCGCCCCAGGGAGGUGGGAAGUGACAGAUCCUGGCCAGGAGGACAGAGCAUGAGACGACACUGGACAGGGAGGCAUCAUUGCGAACACCCGCCUCCAUUCCUCCUGCCGCCAGUGUGUGCCAGGGACUCGGAAAACAACAGGUCAUCCAAGAAACGCAGACUCCUGGGACGCGCCUCCCAGCCACUGCAUCCCCGCCUUCAGCCAGGGAUGUGUUUUCAAAAAGGAUUGGAUCAACAGCAGCAGCAACGACAAUAGUCGCAUCAAUUAUUGUUGACAUGCACGCCAUUCAUUUCUUCAGCAUUUGCUCCUUCUGCACCUCUUCUGAGCAGGACCCUUGCACAGGCCAUUCUUCGUCCUGAAAUGUUCUUCUCUCGAUGUCUGCAUGGGUCCUUGCUCGCCUCCUUCAGAACUUUGCACAAGUCUUACUCUCUCCGUGUGGCUCAUAAGAAUUCGCAGCCUGACCUACUCUAUAUUUUUCGUCACCUUUGACACCUUCUAAUAUCCAGUAAUAUUGCAUUUAUUGUUUAUUUUCUCUCUCCCCUCCUGAGAACAUCACCACCCCAAACAGAGCCUGGUACCCGGUGGGUGCUUAAUAAGUGCUCUUUGGAUGACUGAAUAAUGGAAUGAGUGAAUGAAUGCCUCUUGGCCCAGGGGUACAACUUCCAAGGUUGCCAACUUGCUGUGAGACCAUGGUCAGUGCCUCAGUUUCCCCAGCUGUAGAAAUGGGGCCAUGCACCCAUGACCCCUCCAGGCCCUCCUGCUGCGAGGCCGCGGGUGUCGUGUUUGCAGCUCUGGUUCCCAGGGGACCUGCUCUGCUGACACCGGAUUCUUUCCUGGAUCGCCCGGCCACCUGGCCGACACUCGAUCCCGGCCCUACUUCCAGGCCAGUGUCCGGCCGACCAGCCCGGCUCAGGCCAGGCCCCAAGACUCCCUGCCGAGGGACAAGGGGCCGUCUGUGUGGCUGCGGCGUGGGAGGGUGUGGUGAGGCCGGGGCCCUGCCAACACGGGCAGCGGCCGCGAAGGUUGGGGCCGGCGCCUGGGCCUGUGGCCGCCAGAGCUGCCGCGGCAGGGGAGACGCACCGGGCGGCUGGACACCGCCUGCGGCCGCACCUGCUCACCAUGGGGACCCUCAGCUGCGACCCUGCUCCACGGCCGACCACAGUGCCCCUGGGCCGGCGGGUGACGGAGGCCCAGAUUCCGGAGACUGGCCUGAGGAAGUCCUGCGGGACGACCACCCUGGAGAAUGACUCCGGGCCAGGCUUCUACGUCCUGCCGUCCACCGUGGGCUACGUCAACCACGACUGCACCAGGGUGGCCAGUCCUGCCUACUCGCUUUCCCGGAGGCGCAGUGAGGGACUCGGGGCUCCUCUCCCAGGCCCUCCUCAGGAUGCCAGCCCAGGGCCAGUCUACUUCUUGGACCCGAAGGUCACCCGCUUUGGCCGCAGCUGCACCCCUGCCUACUCCAUCCAGGGCCGGGGCAAGUGUCGGGGUCUGGAGGUGACACCAGGCCCCGGAGCCUACAGCCCAGAGAAGGUGCCCCCUUUGCGUCACCAGACCGCCCCAGCUUUCACCCUGGGCUCCCGCCUCCGCCCGAAGCCGCUGGACACCUCGGUCCCUGCCCCCAACGCCUACACCAUGCCCCCCCUCUGGGGCUCGCAGAUCUUCACCAAGCCCAGCAGCCCCAGCUACACCGUGGUGGGCCGCACGCCCCCCGUCCGCCCCCCGCAGGAUCCUGCGGAGAUACCAGGCCCGGGCCAGUACGACAGCCCGGACCCGGACACCUACCGCCAGCGCCAGCCCGCCUUCACCAUGCUGGGCCGGCCUCGCGCCCCGCGGCCCCUGCAGGAGACGCCCGGCCCCGGCACCCACAGCCCGGAGCAGGUCACCGUGAACAAAGCCAGGGCGCCAGCGUACACCAUGGGCAUCCGCCACUGCAAACGGGCCUCUAACCGUGGCUGCCGCCACCACUCCCUGAUGGCCUGCGGGGCCCAGGCUGCCGGCUGCUCCUCCUGGGCCAAGCCUCAGUUUCCCUAGCUGUGAAGGGGGUGUGGGCAGGGCCCUCCUGGGGCCUGGCUUUGGCUGGAGGGGCUCAGAGGAGCCAGGAGGGCGCUGGAGAAAGGAGCUUUCUUCCUUCUCCUUUUCUGAAUGGUCGCAGGUCCUUCUGGGUCACCUGGUUCCUCCUGUCCCUAGGGGCUGUGACCCGUGGCCCUGUGCAGGGUGCAGGGUGAGUCUCCUUCCAGUGCCCCAGUUUCUUCUCUCCCGGUCAUGCCAGGCCAGGCAGGGAAAGGGACACCUUCCAGCCCUCCCCAGUAGCUGGCCAGAGACGGAGCUUCCUGUGUCCUAGAACUCCGCGUCCAGCCCCACCAGGGCCUGGGUCCUCAUCACAGCUCGGGUUUCUGCCACACUUGGGUCUUCCCUGUUUCUCAUGGAAGUGUGGCUGCCGGGACUGGUCCCAGCGCGAACUCAGGCUGGCAGCAGCCCCGAAGCCCCUGCUCUCCAAACUUACACCCUGGAGUCGCUUGCCAAUAAACCUCUCCUUGGCCUAGAGCUGUCAGCAUCA